CCCGUUCUGGUACCUAGGUGAAGAGCACGCAGAAUGUUCUAUCGCUUCAAACUUGAACCACCGCAGGCCGAAAGUUUAUCCAGGCCUUUGGAGAAUCAUGCACAACAACUUCAGGGUGUUCCUGCAAGACAGCAGUCUGUCCAAUCUCAUUGAGGUGUUUGUGAGCCGCCUUCCGCAUGAGCCAUGCUCACCCGGUGCCACCACAUAGCAUUCGAGCAUCUGCAUUGUCGGCACUUGGAACCGGAAGAUAAUGCAUUUUUUAAGACGUCCAGUUUCCAACCUUCUCUGCUCUCCUGGACCCUUUGCUUUGCGGGCAGUCUCGUUGCUUGCUGGACUGUCCCCAAGGAGGUUCUGCAACAAAAGGCCCUCCUACACAGUACAUAUAAGUGGCACCGGCUGGGCAGCCUGCUCGCCAGAAUUUCUGGUCCGACCAUUUCCAAGUCCUCCACCGCACUAGAAUAUCGCACCCCUCCUUUGCUUAGGAGAUCCGCCUCUCUUCAUAAACCGCCAAUUGCGGCAACUCACUUUCGCAUCCGAACAGGAACGCUCAAACAACAGCUGCCGUCGGGUUUGCCAUUUUGUGCACCACCAGCAGACCACCCAUCGAGGCAGCAGCUCCUUGUUGUGCGUGCUCCAUGCAAUUCGUUGCACUGAAGGAAACCACAGAGUUGCCCGAUUCUGCGUCUAACCUCCCCACCAUGAUUACCUGCACUCUUCCUUCGGUUUGGACAGCCCUGCUCCGUUUUAUCUCUUGAUUUAUUCUUGGAACGAUCGUUCGGUGCCAUCUGG